ACGCGUUUCCACGUGUUGUGUCCUUCUAUCUCUUGUAGUUUUUACACUUCCGCCGUUCCAUGUGUAUAUUUUCGUUUACUAAGUUAUAACAAUGGCUACUAAACGUCAAAAUGGGGAUCCUCCUGAGUCCGUUACAACACCAAAGAAAACCAAAACACAGGAAGGCGAGUUUAACGGCGCCGUCUUUAAAUCCAUGCUGAAGGAUUCCUCUAAAGCGAUGAAGGGUUUGGACACCUUCAUAAAAAUGGCGAAGAAACUCCCCAGCCCAGAACUCUAUGAUGUAGUCGAGGGAUACAUCAAAAUCUCAGUUGAAUGUUCAGAGAUUUUCGCAUUACUGGAGGAAGAAAAUAAUUCAGAGGCAGAACUGACGCUGAUAUUCCAGAGUCUGGAGAUGAUCCUGCUGCGCACGGCCAGUGAUCUGUCUCAGCUCAGCAUGGUGGGCUCCAACAUCGUCAGGAAGACUGUGUCCUCUCACAUCAAACUCCUGCUCUCCUCUCUACAUUCUGACAAUCACAGGUUUGUCCGUCAGUGUCUGUGUUUGCUGUCCGCUCUGGUGUCUCAGGGUGCGGAGGCGGCGAGGGAGAUCUUCGGGCUAAUGCAGUUCAGCAAAGGUCUCACUAACCUCGCUCAGAGAAGAGACAAAACGGGAAAGCCAGAUGUUCGAAUGGCUUACAUUCAGUUUGUCCUUUCAUUCCUGAUGUCUGGAGACAAUACAACCAUUGGCCAGAUACUGGACACUAAAGAUUUCUUGUCUGAAAUCUUGACCAAUGGACUUACAGACGAUAGGAUAUCCAUUGUAAACCUGAUUCUGUCCACCCUGCAAACCAGAGUUGUGCAGAAUAAGACCAUCACGAAAACUCAGAAAGUGCGUUUCUUCAGUGCUUCUGUACUGAGACAGAUAGCCUCGCUCUAUAAGUGGAACGGGAUUGUGGAUGUCAGCAUGGAUGAGAAAGAGAAGGAUGAAGAGGCAGGGAGGCGUAUAGUGAGGGAGCUGGUGCAUAACUUCCUGCUGGACAUAUGCUGCUCUCGCAAACAUGGGAUCAGCUUUCAUGACCCGAGCCUGGGCACCGCUGGAAGGGUCAAUGGGUAG